AUGCCUAUAAUAAAUUUAAUGAAAAUUGUCGUUCUAGUUACGAUAUUAUGUGCACUGCAAUGUUAUUCGAUAGAAUAUCCACAAUAUCCUGCCAAUGAAAUACCAAAUAUAACACCUCCCCUAACGAAUUUUUUACUACCAGUUGACACCCAGUUAAAUAGAAAUAAUUUUAAUACUUCAAUAAUAAACGAAUCAAGUGUUGGGCUUCAUGUAUUCAAUGCAGCAAGUUAUCCAAAUGGACCGAUAAUCCUACGAUUAAUUCGUCGUGGUGCAAACAAUUGUUCUGAACCUAACUUGCAUCUAAGACUAAUAUUUUUGAAUAUUAUGGUUAUCAACAUUAACCCUAAUAUAACCACGAUUCCUUCUUUUAAUUUUUGUCCAAUUUCAACUAAUCCCCCACGUGAUCUGAUUCGUAUUUUUCCUUUGUCAUAUAACCAUACCAUGAUCGCGUAUUUACAAAAUAAUACUGGGAGUCCAGAAACACAUGAGGAAAUUGGAUUGUUUAUAGAUUGGAAUGGCAAAGUUAUUCAAAACAUAAGUCUUGGAUUUAUUAAUUAUACUGCAAGUGAUACAUCAUCAUUGGGUACAUUAGUGGUCGAUUCUUCCCAGAGAUAUGGAUUUAUAUGGGUUAACCGUGUGAUCCAAAAACAAUUUAUAAGAUGGACAAAAUAUUUGAUUUCAAACUCUCGUAUCGUAAAAAUUUCACAUAAUUCGGACCAAUUUGAUAUAUUUCCAUCUCAUCAAUAUCAAAUAAUUGCAACGAUUGAUGGAGGAUAUUGCUUUGUAAUGGCAGGUCCCUCAGUUAAUAUUACACCUGGCUUUAUCGAUGCUCAAUGGGAGGCUCGUGUAGUAUUUAUUCGUCCAACAACAUAUUAUACUACACAGCCUUCGAUAAUAUAUCAAUACACGUCACAAGCAAUUUCGAUGAAUAUUGAAACAUGUGACAAUACAUAUUAUGAGCCUGGAUUAGCUUGUGUUUUUAGUAUUAAAUCGAGUAACACUUCAAAUAUUUCUGCACGUUAUGUUAAAGUAGCGUUCCUUUCGAGUGGAGGUGUAAAGGCAUCUUCGACAUUGAACAUUACUGAUACUACUUUUAACGUAGAUAAGAUGUAUCAAUUGUGGAGUGGUGGAUACCUUUUAGUUAUUCGUUUGAAAACUAAUAACACUUUCAUCGGUUAUGUUUAUGAUACCCAAGGAAAUUUCAAUAAAACUUGGGAUUCACCUACAUUACCCGGGAAUCUUGUGAUACCGAAUGGUGUGCUUCAAAACAAUACUGUUUGGAUGUUUUUUGAUGUAAAUUCUACAGUAUCAAAUGAAAGCCAUUGGAAUUUAACGACAACUAUUGUCAGAAAAUUUGUUGCUCUUGAUCAUGUUUCUGACAAUUUAAAUAUCAACAUAACGUUCCCAAAUAUAACUGACAUUUUUUCAACAAGAAACCCGGAGAUCAAUAUGACAUUUUAUAAUCCAAUUGCAUUAUCAGUAGGAAAUAUUUCUAUAUACCAAGAUAGUGGCACAGAUUUGAUACCGAGAUUAUAUUAUAAUGCACAGAAUAACAGUGACAAAUUUAGAAUUUCACCAGAUUUAAAGACGAUUUCGAUAACAGUUUUGAAUAGUACAUUUGCUUCUCCAGGAAGCCGAUACUACGUUGUUAUGGAUAAUAAUUUUGUUAAAGAUUCGCUGUAUAGCGAACCUUUGACAGGUGCUAAUUGGAGUUUUACAACAGUUGGGAAAUCCCCAGAAGACCUCGGAACUGCAGUAUACGCGUUGACCCGCCUAAACAUGAAUGAGUCAUCUUAUUUCAAUAACCUUUUGAAGACCGAAAAAAUAGCUUAUCUCUAUAAUUUAAGUAUUGAACUUUCAUAUUCAGUUCCAACAGAUCCCUCAAACAUAAAAGCGGAUGAUCAUUUUCAAUGGGACAAAAAUGCUGCUUUACAGAUUUUAUUAAAAUUUCGAAUACUACCAGGGAAUAAUAGUGUGAAAAAUCUCCCCGUAUCUAAAGUUAUUGAAACAUUAAACGAUUUGAUAAUUAACAGAGAUGUUACAUUGGUAUCUGGAUUACCAAUAAGUAUACCAUUGGGAUUCAACAUAAUCACAUCAUUUUUCCUAUUAAUCCAUGAACUCUCACAGCAGGAUACUUCGUUCUAUGAGUGGUUUAGAAAAUAUCACAAUGUAGCAGCUUUAUCCAUUCUUUGCUCCGGGAUAGAUAUUGACAUAUUGACGCUAAUAAAUUCAAAAUUAGGGAAUAGUCCAUUUUUUAGUGCACCAUUAUCUAAUUCAAGUAAAAAUUGGAUACUCCGUGCUAGCUGUAUUAAUUUAUUUAUUGAAGAUGGACCUCAAAUAUGCAGACUUUUAAGACGCAAAGAAACACCUAAUUAUUCCGCCACCGUCAGCAGAUCAUACUUUGACCAUGAUGAUGCAUCAUCGAAGUAUAGCAGCGAAUACAUUGAGGAUAUACCAUCGUCACCCACUAUUGUUCCUGAGACAAGGAUAAAGCCGCCAGGUCAUGUGUGGAUGGGAUUUGGAAAUUAUGGCAUCCCGAGAACUCAUUCUCAAAGAGUUAAUUAUCCGUUACCGCCGCUGGGCAGGCGUAAUAAAGUUAACGCUAUGUCUGUUGAAAAACCGCGAGUUUCUAUGGAUAAUAUGGAGAGUAUGCCUGGAUUCACAGCAACGCAUAUCAAUGAUGGAGAAAGAAACGGUGAAGAGAUAGAGGAAGAAGAUGAUAUCCCUGAUGGAAGAUAUAAACAUUAUGAUCAU